AUGCGCGUGCGGCCUUCUCCCGGAUCUGCAGAUAUAAGCCCGCGCUUCUCUGGCUUCCUGACCCAGCGCAGGAGGGCGGGCAUGGGGCCGGUGAGGCGCCAGUUCUUAGCCCUGCUCUGGAAGAACUGGCUCUGCAGACUCAGGCACCCGGUCCUUUCUCUUGCUGAAUUCUUCUGGCCAUGUAUCCUGUUCAUGAUUCUGACAGUGCUACGCUUUCAAGAACCUCCCAGACACAGAGACAAUUGUUUUUUGCAAGCCCGGGACCUGCCCAGCCGAGGCGUGUUCCCCUUUGUCCAGGCCCUUCUCUGCAACACGGGCUCAGCCUGCAGGAACACGAGCUAUGUGGGCCCGACGGAGCGCCAUUUGCGUUCGUCUAGGUUCCAGGCUGCAGAUGGCCAUCGCGAGAAGGUCAACGACCUGGCCUUCCUGGAGGAGAUACAGGACCUUGCCGAGGAAAUUUGUGAAAUCCUGGACAAAGCAAAAACCCUACAGGAACUGUGGGCAGGAAGAUCCAAGUCUCCAGAUUCUUCUCCAAGCUCCAGUUUCUUAGCCAUGGAUCUCAAUAAGACCGAGGAGGUGAUCUCGAAACUGGAAAAGCUCCACCAGCAGCCCCACAUCUGGAAGUUUCUACUUCUUCUGCCAAGAUUGUACACAAACAACGUCCGCCUGGAAGACCGUCUCCGUGGCGGGGCACACCUCCUCCAGGCGGCUUUGAAUUCCUUGGCAGCUUUGGAAGAUUUAGACUGGCUGCCCCUCAACCACACUUUCUCCACGGUUUCUGAAAUCGUGCUGAACGUGACCAUUUCGACGCUGACAUUUCUGCAGGAGCACGGGGUGGCCGCCGCUGAGCCCCUAUACAACCUGUCCCUGCGGGAGCUGGUGUGGGACCCACAGAAGGUCCAGGCUGACCUCAGAUCCCAAUUUGGCUUCGAUGACCUUCACGCAGAGCAAAUCCUGAAUUACUCCGUGGAAUUUCAGGAGAUUCCCACAGAAGCAGCUUUGGAGCGGAUGGUAUGUUCCAUCUUGUCCCGGACUUCCAAGGACGAAGCUGUCCUGGAGGGUCACCCCGCAGACUGUCUCCCACGCUGGUCUGAGGCUACAGACUACCUGGUGCAUGCGGUCAACUGGCUGCAAGCAUCCGAGCAGGUGCUCCCUGGCGUUCUCCAGCAGGUGCUCGCCGGGGCCGCCCGCAGCCUGGAGGCUCUCCGAGGUCCGACUGGGGAGGGGCAGGAGCCACAGCAGGUGGUGAAGGUUCUGCAGGCUCUGCUUCCCCUCCUGAGUGACAGUUUGGCGGCAGAUGGCUCCACCGGCAGCCGCCCAUCUCCCAAGAUAUUACUGCAUCUACAGCAGCUGGAGAAUGUCCUUCGAGACCUGCCCCCGUGGCCAGCCCUGAAGAGACUGCUUCUGCUCCUCGGGGUGCUCAGGAACGCGGUAGCCCAGAAUUUGCGUUUUGUCCAAGCAGUGCUCACGUGCCCGGAGAGACCGGCUAACAGCUCCACACUGGGCGGACCCGAGCAAUUGCACCCAGAAAGGGACGCGUUUCUUCGGUGGAAGCAGGUCUUGGUGAAGAAGGCUAUGGACAGGUGCCUAAAUGCCAGCUUGUCUGGGAAGGAGGCUCUCCGGUGUGGUGGGAACCCUGGUGCCUGGGAGCACCUCCGGGCGCUGUCGUGUCCCCACGACUCCACCAAGAGCAGCGUUUUCAACGAGCUACUGCAGUCAGCGGAGGACGCGGAUCGCCUUUUGCAAGAAGUUGUCACUGGGCGGACAGAUGUGCCAGAUUCAGGAUCCGAAGGACUUCUGGGCUGGCAGGAAGUGGAAGCGCAGCUGGAGGACGUGGGCCUUUCCUGCAGGCGGCUCUCCCAGCGGCUGGCAGCGGCCGCCUCACCCGGGGACCGCGACCUUGCCGGUGACUGUAAGGACCAGCUUGCAGCAGCAGUGAUCUUCCGCGCACUAGGAACAGUUCAGUCAUCCCUGGAGCAAACACCCUACUGGAAAGGCUUCACAGGAUUUAUCAGGAAGACCUGUGAACUGGUCCGUUCUGCGAACGUGCAAGGAAGCGUCCAGAAUGGUCUGUCUGGUUUCUCUGAGGAAUCUCCUUGUUAUGAAGAAAACAUAGAUUGGGAAGCCAUCACUGAUAAUUAUUUCACAUUUUUGGGUAAUUUACUCAAGUCUCCAGCUGCUUCCAUCUCCAGUGUCUUGAAUUCCACGAAGGAACUUCUCAUGAUGGAAAAGAAGUUGCAUUCCCUCGAGGAUGAGGAAAUAAACUUUUUUUUAUCUUUUGUGAGAUUUUUGGAGGAAUUAUUGCCUGAUCCUUUCGACUCGCCCAGCGUGCCCAAAUUCCAUGACCUCCCAUCUCUCAGUGACACUCUUCUGAACACAGGCCACUUUUGGGUCAACCAUUCAGGAAGUUUAGAGAGCGACACAUCUGCUAUUGCUACUCAGAAACUUUUGGAAUUUGGCAAAGCGGUGAUUGACAAAAUAGGAAUUCUUGAAAGUCUCUGGAUAAAGAACGAAUCAGAUAAUAUUUUGAGGUUCAUGGAAUUAGUACUUUUUGAAAUUGAUCCCAAGCUCCUGGAAUUGUGGAUGUAUGGCAUUUCAAAAGAAGAAAGAGUCAGGCUGGAAACCAUGUCUACACUUCUUAAUUUUUCUGUCCCAGAAGAUGAGAGGGUCCUUAUCAAGAGCCUUAACUUUUCCCAGUUGUUCCAGUCGGACUGGCUGCGAUCGCCAGCUAUGGAAAUGGACUUUGUACACUUGAGUGAAACUGUGAUCAGCAGUCUCUAUGAGCUCGGAUUUCUGAAGGAAGGACAAGUCUUUGAAGCUCUAGACACAGUCUAUGCUAUAAGGAAUGCGUCUGAACUUUUCUCAGCCCUUUCUGAGCCCGAAAGACGAGCCGUGGACACAGUCUUGACUAAGAUAUAUCUAGACAUCUUCCAGGACAAUGAUUCCGCUUUGCUUCUGAAGAUUUAUGCUUCAUGUUUUGAAUAUAUUUACAAACUCUUGAGCAUUCCAAGUACAGAGGCUUUGCUAUCUUUCCUUGCACAAACCUCAGAGUGCAUCUUGGAUAUCAUAAAGCAAUUUGAUUUUCAAAACCUCGGUAAAGCAUUUGAAUUUUUGUAUGAGACAACAGGAGUUCUUGAGGGACUUUCUGAGGGAUCUCAUUGUCAGCAGUUGCUUUCAAUUUUUAACUACUUGGAGCUUCAGGCCCAAUCCCUGAUGUCUAUCGAGGGCCCAGAACUGGAAGUGAUUCCUGCUACUUUGACAGGCCUCAAACAGCUGCUCCUCGUAGACAAAGAUUUCCGUAUUUCCUUCUUUCAAUACAUGAGCCAACUCUUCAACGAAUCAGUCAAAGCCCCAUUGGGCAAUGAAUGCUUUGCCUUGGAUGAUAAGAACAUCUUUUCUGUGAACGACUCAAAAGAUAGAGGGUCUUUAUUUAUUCUUCCAUGGACACAAAUUCUUUCCAACCUCUCAGCGGACGGCAGGACGUUCAAUGAGUUCAUGGCUGUCCACUGUACAGUCUCAUGGCUUCAGAUGUGGACUGAAAUCUGGGGAGGCGUAUCUCAUCUCUUCCAGCUUGACAUGAAUGUUUUCACUCCUCUCCAUGUUGGUCUCACUCAGCUUCUGGAUGAAUUGGAAAGUGAUGUGAGAAUUUCUGAAAGCUGUCCGGGAAUGUUUCCCACCCAUCGCCCUGCCAGACUCAUACUGGAUUUGUUUAAAAAUGUAACUCAAGCUGAUGGCUUUCAUGAUUGGGAUGAGUUUUUGACUCUCAGAGACCUCUGGGUAGUAUUAGGUGAUGCAUUAGUUGGGGUAAAGUCACUUAGCCCCGAACAGGUAAGGAAGUCCCUUUUUACCAUGGAAACUGCCCUGCAUCAGCUAAACACAUUUCCAUUAAACACAAAUGCAAGCAGAGAGUUUUUCUAUUCUCUGCUUGACAUUUUCAUGGAAUUGAGCAACACCUCAGCAUACAUCGACAGAAAGGUACAACUGAUAAAUCACUUUCUUACAAAUAACAUUACAAAUUAUGGAGUGAGGCUGGACAGUAUCAUCACGGAGUUAAGAGAAACAAUGUUAUUGCUUCGAAAUGUGUCACAUGACCAAAACUUAUUGUCCUGUGCUGGGAUUUUCCAAAAUGUUACCGAGUUUAUUUUGGAAGAUGGUUUAUACGUAAACAUGUCACAGAAGACAUUACGUAUUCUGGCCAUGUUAAAUUCCACAUUUUCCUCCGAGGACACGAUUAGCAAACUGAAAGGAUGCGUUACAUGGAUAGACAUCAUGAACCAUCUGUACGUGAUGUACAACUCCAGUGUUGCACAUGACUAUCCUCAGGGUAACCGGAGGAGUUUCAGAGACGUGGGAGACAAAAUUAAUUCUACACUGAAACUUGCUACUUGGAUUCUCAGUAUGAAGGGACCUCACUGCACAAUGAAUAAGUCAGAUACAAACUGUGUGAAUAUUGUAUUGAAAAAUGUAACCAACUUUCUGAAUGCCAUACUCACCGAAGUCUUUGAAAGGGAAAAGGUACCCAAAUUUGAGAUCUUGCUAACCCUUUUCAAUGAUUCCACAAACCAAGUAAGGAUGAUUAUCAACAACCUGACGAGAGACUUUGAUUUUGUAUCUCAAUCCAACUGGACGCGUCUUACUGAAUUAAUUCUAAGACCCCUAGAGUUGUCCGAUGACAUACCUAGCCAGUUUACACAUCUUUGGUGGCAUUUAGUAGCUCUGGGGAAGGAAAUUCAGAAACUUAUGAAAGGUAUUUCCACUCACCUCCUAGAAAAUGACUCCUCUUCUACAUCUGAAAAGUAUCUAAACCUAUUUGCUACCAGUUCAAAAGAAAAGGAUGUCAACAGUUUAGGCCGUUCAUUUUAUCAUUUAGCCAGCUACCUUCUCUUCAACCUGUCUCAUGAUCUCCAAAAUCCACCACCAGUAAUGUCUCACAAAAUCAUGAACGCCGUAGGUCUUGCCAUCCAACUGAUUCGGGAUGUGUUCAACUCCCUGGUGCCCUCAGUUCUUCACAAUGUUCCACAAGAUCUGGGUGAUAUUCAAAUUUUCAAGAAGGUAGCAUCUCUCCUGCGCACUCUCAAGAAGACAGACAUAGACCUGCUGGUUGACCAACUUGAACAAAUGAGCGAAAGCCUAACGGAUUUCUUUAAGAAUAUCAGUAGCUUAGGUACCCACAAUCUGGGGGCCAACCUGCUUGUAGGCUUGGUGGAGAAAUUUGUAGACAGCUCACAUUCUUGGAAUGUCAAUCAUCUGCUGAAGUUCUCACGCUUGUUCCCUAAGGACGAUGUGAAUGUCGUGGUAGACGUGUACUACAUGCUUCCUCAUGCUGUAAGGCUCCUGCAGAGGGGAGUUGACAAAAACAUCACAGAACUCCUCAAGGAUGUCUAUAACUUCACGCUCCUUCAUGGCAUAAGCAUUUCCAAUGUCACCAAAGAAGACUUUGCUAACGUGAUAAAAACUCUUUUGGACACAAUUGAAUUAAUAGCGGAGAAACCAGGAAUUCUUUCUGAGGCUUUCACUUGCCUUCCUGUGGUUUGGUGCUGGAAUCACACAACUUCUGGGUUUCAGCAGAAUCCGAAGUUAGAAGGCUGUAAAUCCCAAGAGCUCAUGUCAUCUUCCUUUUAUACCAAAGUGGCCAGCCUGCUCGACUACCUCCAUAUCUAUCCCCCAGGUGAAGGUUUGCAAUGUUUGGACGAAGGUUCACAGAAGGCGAUUACGAGGAAGAUGGUCUGUGUAAUUCGUGAACUAGUGGACUGGAAUUCCAUUCUUCUAGAGCUUUCAGAAGUCUUCCAUGUUAAAAUUUCGCUUGUGAAAACCAUACAGGAAUUUUGGCAUAAAGUGUUACCAUUUGUCCCGUCUUUUGAAAAUCAAAGCAACGGUAGCAUCUCUGAACUUUGUCCCAGUGGCCCCAUAAGGCAAAUUGUUUCGCAAAUCAUAGCAAAAUUAAAAAAUGUCAACUUUACAAAAAUUCCAUUAGCUGAACACAUUCUUGAUACACUAGCUAGUUUAAACAAGAUCCUUAACAUCAGUGAAGGCACAGAGGCAUCUGCUCGAAAUAUGAUUUCCUUAAAUUUUGAAAAGAUCAUGAAGUUGCCUUCUAGGGAUCAGCACCUAGAAAAGAGUACCCAUUCUCUAGAUCCUCCAUUUGAGACAUUUCUAGAUGUGAACCUGACAGGCAGUAGUUUAGAAGCACCAUCAAGUUUUACUAAAAAAAGAGAAAAAACUUUCAACUCUUCUUACUUUGAGGAUCUAGAGAUUGAGCUUGAAGAAACCAUGGCCAAUCUAAGCCACAACUUUCCUAUCAAACCCCGGCUUUCUGAAAUUAUCAAAGAAAUUCAGAUGCUUAAUUCAGAGACUCUUCAAAAUGUAACUUUGCAACUUGCCCAUUUUUUCGAAAGCCUGGGCUCAUCGUCAUUGAGGAUAUCAGAAGUUGUUGAAGAUUUUCUGCUGGUCAUAAAAAACUGGCUUCGUAAAUGGGCAAAGGAAGAUGAUUCUGGAAUGAUUCAAACAUUAUUUCUUCUUAUGGCCAAUGAGAGCUCAACUGAUGAUCUAGCUUUGUUGACCAAGGAUAUUGCUACCUUUUGGGGGCUUCUUAAAACCAUUUCUAGGGAAGGUAAUUCUGAUGUUGCCCAUCUUACGCAAUUGCUAAGCCAAGAACAGCUAACUAAUUUCUCACUUGUUCAAUUCCUUUUUGAAAGUUUCCUAAUUAAUUCAAUCAGUAAUUUAACUGGGAAGUCUCCAGAGGCAGCCUCAAAUUCAAGUGAUAAUGACCUUCACAUAAUGAAUUUCAUUCAGCUCACCUUGAACAGGACACAGUCAGAAAAUGGUGAGAGAAUAGUCCUUCCUCCGAGAAGCGUAGUGGAUUUCAUGGAACAGGUUUUGAAAACAUUCUUCUCAUUUUUGCUAGAGGAAAAUUCUGAGAAUAGAAUAUCUCUUCUGCUAAAGGCCUUCCACAAAGACAUCAUUGCAGAGUUGAGUUUCGUCCCAGGGGAUAAAAUCCUAGAAAUUCUGACACUGGAUCAAUUUCUUACCGCCUCAAAAGAAGAGAGACUGAUGAGCAUUUUCUCAAGUUUAAAGGAGACUCUAAAUCAUCUAGUCAAAAGUUCAUUUAUUUUAGACAAUGGAAAAUUUCAUUUUGAUCAUCAUCGAGGACUGAAGUUCAUGAGGGAUUUAUUUAAUGCUCUUCUAAGGGAAACCCCAGGGGAAAAUAAGACUGAAAAUAAUUCGGAGUUUCUUGCGGCCGUGAGUCUGUUGCUUCUCCACACGAACAGCUCUGAGGAUCUCCUCCAUCUCAGUCACAAUCUUAGGUCAGCUCUCCAGCUUGUGAGAGAAAGUUCUACGGAGGUAGCACAUCUUCUGGACUUGCUUGUACACUCUCCUCAUGAAGGUUUCCGUGACUUGUAUCCUACACUCCGAGAAGUUAUACUUUCCAAUCUAACUAGUUUGCUUUCCUUCAUAAAUAAUUCAUUCCCUCUAAGAAACAGGGCAACAUUAGAUAUUACCAAGAGAUUGCUUGGUGUUCUCUCAAGAGCUGGUGGAGAAAGUGAUGCCCCAGAACCUCUCUUGGAGAUGUCUGAUACCCUGACCAUGCUGGUGAGAGACAUUGCUGAGAUGAGAGACCUUGCCACCUCGGUGACCUCCGCUGUGGAGCUUCUGGGGCUAGCCACAAGAGUUGCCCGGAAGGUGGCCACCAUAUUUGAAACUCAUUCCAUCUCCAAUACCACUGAUGCUAUGAAAUUCUUUGACAGUCUCUAUACUGUUUUUCUACAAAGUAUUCGAAAUGUUGUGAGAGAAAUAGGUACUUUGAAGAACGUAGACCAUUUCACAUCAGAAAAUAUAAGCAACUUGUUGACACCAUUUCUUGACUUGGCUUUUGGGAUGAUUGGGGUCAAACCUACUAUUUUGCAAGACUCUGAUGUUAAUGUGUCCACAAGCACAUUCUCAUAUAUGAACCAUUCCAAAGAAGUUUCUGAUAUUUUGAAAGAAAUCACUGAAUUUUUAACUUCUCUGAAAAGCAGUUUGGGAGACAUGGAGCAUCUUGUGGUAGCCUUUAAUAAUGGGACCCAAAUAUUUGCGAUGGAUUCAGUCAGCAUAUGGGAAGAAGUUUUGGAUUACUUAGUUCCUAUAAAUAAUGUCAUCAACCAGAUAGACUUCUUACGUCCUAAUCCACUUCCCAAUGAUAGUUACCCUCAAGAUACAACGUGGGAAAGAAUCCAGGAAGUGAUCCUGUUUUUGGAUGAAAUGCUAUCAAAAGACAUCAUGGAAAUUGGGACUUACUUGAGAAGGGUGAUUGAUCUCACCUUGGAAGUUCUUUGGAGUGACUUAGAGAAGGAUGACUGGCGUGUCUUUAAUCUGUGGCUGACAUUUGCUGAGCAUCCAGAUAACCUUUUGAAAGCCAUAGAAACAGCUGGGGAGGUCUCCGGUGGAAGAGAUGGCCCGAGUGGACCUUUGUUUUCCAACAUGUCUCUGAUUCAGAAUGUAACUCAUCAACAGCUUGAAGAAGCAGUCCAGAUCGUGUUAAAGAGAAUGGCUCUCUUGAGGAAGGAGCUUCCCCUAAAUAAUUCUCAGUGGAUAAAUGCCACGAGAACUUUGUUCCAGCCCAUUUUUGAGAGUCUUGUUCAUGUAGCCACUGGAAAGAAGAUCACAUUGGAAAAAGGAGAGAGGACCAAAAAGGUGACGGCUGGUUUUCCUUCCAUCCUCCAGCUGUCAUCAAGUUUCGAACAAUUCCUGAAGGGAUUAAUCGCAUUGAUUGAGUACUGGCAAGAGGUCCCAUUGAUGGAUCAAAGCAUGGAAAUGUGUCAAAUUUUCCAGCAGCUUCAGAAGCCCACGGAAGCCAUUGUGAUCCUGCAGAAAGUGACGGUGCUGGUUCUCCGUGUGUUCAGCAUCUUUGCAGAAAACCCUUCCUUGACCAAGGACAUGCUGUGCGCUGCUCUGAGCUGCAAGCAGGGUGGGAUGCUGCGGCUGAUCAUACCUGCUCUCCAGGGGGCCGCCCUGAUGCACGACCACUACCAGGAAAUGCAGAAGAUGUGGUCCUCACCCCUUCAGCUCAAUUGUGAAGGCCUCAGCAGGAACCUUUCUAGCUCCUUGGAGAGCCUCAGGAGCAGCCUGGAGCACGCCACUGACCGGGACUGUGAAUGCCAGCCGCUGCUGGACUUGGCUCGGCAGCAUGUGCGAAAUUUGGCCCAAAGCCUCGAGAAGACCUGGUUGUCCGGGAAUCCCGUGCUGACCCUUCUCAGCAAUUUCACAGUGACGGAGGAUGUAAAAGUCAAAGAUUUGGUGCAGAACAUCUCCAAGCUAACUCAUGAGCUUCAGUCUUCCAUCCACAUCUCCAACGAGACUAUCCACAGCCUUCUAGAAGCCAGCAUCUCCCGUUCACAGGUGCUCUCGGGGGCCCUCACGAUGGCCCUGUCCAGGAGGUGCGAUGCAGAUGCUCUCCGGCUGCUGCUGGAGCUUCCUGAGGCCCGCGGGUCCCGGGCUGCAGCGGAGGAACUGUGCAGCCUUCCCGGGCCCCACGUGUAUGCUUUGAUCGUGUCCAUGAGCCAGAACCUGAAUCUGCGCAACGUCAUUUACAAAACUCUGAUGCCCUCGGAAGCCCACGAUGCACUCAGCUCCCUGUUGAAUGUGGUCUCCAGGCUCAACCACCUGCUUGCUAAAGCCGGCCACGUUCUGGAAUACCUCCCCGAAUUUCUCCACGCGUAUAAGAUCACCACCUUGCUGGACAUGCCUGACUUCCAACAGGCUCCACAGCGUGGCCUGUCCAGAAGCUCAGCCUUCGGUUCUUUCCAGUUCGUCAUGAAGAAGGUUUGCAAGGAUCAAGCAUCGUUCUUCAGUGGUUCGAACUCGUUCAUUAACUUGCCCAGAAUUAACGAGCUCCUGGGAGGGGACAAAGAAAAAUUCAAUAUUCCUGAAGAUUCAACACCAUUUUGCUUGGACCUCUAUCAAGAAAUUCUGCAGUCUCCAAAUGGUGCUUUGGUGUGGUCCUUCCUAAAACCGAUAUUACAUGGAAAAAUAUUGUACACACCAAACACUCCAGAGAUUAAUGAGGUCAUUCAAAAGGCAAAUCAUACGUUCCGUUUUGUGGACAAGCUAAAGACAUUAACAGGAACGCUGCUGAAAAUGUCCAGCAUGUUUCAGAACGGAGGAAGUGACCAGAUGCUGGACCAGCUGCAGGAAGCCCUGAGGAACAAGUUUAUAAGAAACUUUAUAGAGAGCCAAUUGCACAUUGAUGUUGAUAAACUGACUGAAAAGCUCCAGACUUAUGGAGGGAAGUUGGACAAGAUGUUUGCCCACGGAGGUGCCGGACGCAUCCAUGUCCUCGGCCGCAUCUUGGUGAACCUCUCCUCCUGCGUGGUGCUGGACCGUUUCCAGGCACUGGAGUCUGUCGCCAGCCUGGAGGCAAAAGCCCGUGAGCUUAUGCGACAGAACAGCUUCUUGGCUAGUGUCAUAUUCAACACUUCCCUGGCGGACAGGAACUUGGGGGCCCCGUCCCUGCGGCUGGCACCCCACGUCACCUACACUAUCCGGACCAGCAUCUUAUACAGCAUGAGGACAGACUUGGUGAAAAACCCUUCCUGGAAGUUUCAUCCUCAGAGCCUACCAGCCGAUGGGUUCAAGUACAACUACAUCUUUGUCCCUUUGCAAGACAUGAUCGAGAGAGCCAUCAUCCUGGUGCAUACUGGGCAGGAGGAUGUGGAACCAGCUGUGCAGGCACAGGCCAUGCCGUACCCGUGCCACACCAGGGACCUAUUCUUGAACAACGUCGGCUUCUUCUUCCCUCUGAUAAUGAUGCUGACGUGGAUGGUGUCUGUGAGCAGCAUGGUCCGAAAGCUGGUUUACGAGCGAGAGAUCCAGAUAGAAGAGUACACGAGAAUGAUGGGCGUGCAUCCCACCGUCUUCUUCCUGGCCUGGUUCCUGGAGAACAUGGCCGUGUUGGCCUUGAGCAGCGUUGCCCUGGCCGUCAUUCUCAAAGCGAGCGGCAUCUUCGCGCACAGCAAUGCCUGUAUCAUUUUCCUCUUUCUGCUGGAUUUCGGGGUGUCGGUCGUCAUGCUGAGUUACUUCCUGAGUGUGUUUUUCAGCCGAGCGAACACAGCUGCCCUCUGUACCAGCCUGGUGUACAUGAUCAGCUUUCUGCCCUACAUAGUGCUGUUGGUUCUCCAUAACCAACUCAGUGUUGUCGUGCAGACGUUUCUGUGCCUGCUUUCCACCACGGCCUUCGGACAAGGAGUGUUUUUCGUCACCUUCCUAGAAGGGCAAGAAGCAGGGGUCCAGUGGAGUAACAUGUACCAGCCUCCGGAACCGUCAGGCAUGACAUUCGGCUGGGUUUGCUGGAUGAUGGCCUUCGAUUCAGGCCUUUAUUUCUUAUGUGGUUGGUACUUGAACAACUUGAUUCCCGGAAAUUUCGGCCUAAGGAAACCGUGGUAUUUUCCCUUUACUGCGUCAUAUUGGCAGAGUUUGUGGGGUUUCGUGGCAAAAACACCACAGGCGACUGGUUCUGACCUGUCCUUCAUCAACGAGCACUUUGAUAACAAAGGGUCCGCGCUGCAGAACGGGGAGGGAAAGCCUGGAGGAGGGCCCCCAGGCGUCACCCUGGUGUCCGUGACUAAGGAGUACGAGCCACACAAGGCCGCCGUGCGGGACCUGACCCUCACCUUCCACAGAGACCAGAUCACUGCCCUGCUGGGGACCAACGGCGCCGGGAAAACCACCGUCAUAUCUAUGCUGACGGGACUCUAUGCUCCCACCUCUGGAACCAUCAUCAUCAAUGGCAGGAACCUGCAGACAGACUUGUCCUCCAUCAGAAAGGAGCUGGGCGUGUGUCCACAGCAGGGGGUCCUGUUCGACAACCUCACUGUCCGUGAGCACCUGCUGCUCUUUGCCUCUGUAAAGGCUCCACAGUGGACCUGGAAGGAGCUGAGUCAGCAAGUCAAUAGGACUCUCCAGGACGUGGAGUUAACGCAGCAUCAGCACAAACAGACCCGCGUCCUGUCCGGAGGCAUGAAGAGGAAGCUGUCCAUCGGCAUUGCCUUCAUCGGCACUUCGAGGACCGUGGUUCUGGACGAGCCGACCAGCGGGGUGGACCCUUGCUCGCGCCGUGGCAUCUGGGACAUUCUCCUCAAGUACCGUGAAGGUCGGACGAUCAUCUUCACGACCCACCACCUGGACGAGGCGGAAGCGCUCAGUGACCGCGUGGCCUUCUUGGAGCAGGGCCGGCUGCGCUGCUGUGCGCCCCCCUUCUGCCUGACUGAGGCCUACGGCCAGGGGCUCAGCCUGACCCUCAUCAAACAGCCUUCUGUUCUGGAGGCCGAUGACCCGAAGGACGUUGCCCGAGCCACGUCUCUGAUCCAGACCUACAUCCCGCAAGCUUUCCUCAAAGACAGCAGUGGCGGGGAGCUAGUCUACGGCCUUCCCCAGGACGCAGACAGGGCCUGCUUCAAAGGGCUCUUCCAGGCCCUGGAGCAGAACCUGCACAGUCUGCACGUGACGGGCUUCGGGAUCUCGGACACCACGCUGGAGGAGGGAUCGGGGCUGCAGACCUCGGUCCGCCUCUCACCUUCCCCUGUUUUUGUCAUCUUCACACUGGAUGUGAGAGUUUUCGGUGAUGCCCCAGCAAGGACCCCGCCCGCGUGGGGCAGCCCUCGGCCUCUGGAUCAGGCCACCGCCCUCCUGGUUAAGCGGCUCCGCCACACACGCCGGGCCUGGAAAGGCGCCCUCUCCGACCUGCUGCUGCCUGUCCUCUUCGUGGCCUUGGCCAUGGCCUUGUUCAUGGUGAGGCCUCUGGCCAUCGACUACCCUCCCCUCAAACUGACACCAGGUCAUUAUGACAGGGCUGAAGCUUCCUUUUUCAGCGGGAGCGGGAGCGAGGGCCAGGAGCUCACCCACGUGCUUCUGAGGAAGUUUGGAGAUGAGGAUCCACUCUGUGCUGAUUUGAACCCAAACCUGAGGAAUUCUUCAUGUUGGCGCGUGGAUCCCCUGUCUCAGGCCCGAAUGCCCGACUCCUGCGGCUGCCUGAAGUGUCCAAACACAAGCGCUGGGGCUCCCUACCUGACCAGCCGCCAGGGGCACAUUCUGCUGGACCUGUCAGCCUUCCACCUGGAGGAGUACUUGCUGGUGCCAUCGGAGAGACCCAGGCUUGGGGGCUGGUCUUUCGGGGUGCAGAUCCCUGAUCAAGGUCAAGAUGCAAAUCCAAAUACAUCACAACCAGAUACUCUGGCGAAGGUGUGGUACAAUCAGAAGGGCUUCCAUUCCCUACCUUCCUACUUGAAUCAUCUGAACAACCUGAUACUGUGGAGACACUUACCGCCCGACCGGGACUGGAGACAAUACGGAAUAACGCUGUACAGCCAGCCGUACGGAGGGGCCUUGCUGAACGAGGACAAGAUCCUGGAGAGCAUCCGCCAAUGUGGCGUUGCGCUCUGCAUCGUGCUGGGGUUCUCCAUCCUGUCUGCGUCCAUCGCGAGCUCCGUGGUGAGGGACAGGGUGAUCGGAGCCAAGAGGCUGCAGCACCUCAGCGGCCUGGGCUACAGGACGUACUGGCUCACCAACUUCCUGUAUGACAUGGUCUUCUACUUGGUUUCCGUGAGCCUGUGUGUCACCAUCAUCGUCGCCUUCCAGUUAACAGCGUUUACUUUCCGCGAGAACUUGGCAGCCACGGCCCUCCUGCUGGUGCUUUUCGGAUACGCAACUCUCCCGUGGAUGUAUCUGAUGUCCCGGAUCUUCCCCAGUUCGGACGUGGCUUUCAUCUCCUAUGUGUCCGUGAACUUCAUCUUUGGGCUCUGCACCAUGCUGAUGACCACCAUGCCCCGGCUGCUGGCCAUCGUCUCCAAGGCUCAGAAUUUACAGAACAUCUACGACGUCCUCAAGUGGGUCUUCACCAUUUUCCCUCAGUUCUGCCUGGGACAGGGACUCAUAGAACUCUGUUACAAUCAGAUCAAAUACGACUUGACCCACAACUUCGGCAUCGACUCCUACGUGAGCCCCUUUGAGAUGAACUUCCUGGGCUGGAUCUUUGUACAGCUGGCCUUGCAAGGCACAGUGUUUCUCCUCUUGAGGAUUGUGCUGCACUGGGACCUUCUGCAGCGGCCACGGGGUCAGUCUGCCAUUCAAGGCACAGUCACAUCUUCCAAGGACAUAGACGUGGAAAAAGAGCAAAUAAGAGUGUUGAAAGGAAGAACCAGUGAAGACCUUCUUGUGCUAUACAACCUUAGUAAAAGCUACGGAAGCUUCUUCAAGAGGACCACUGCUGUGCGAGAUAUUAGUUUGGGCAUACGGAGAGGAGAGUGCUUUGGGCUCCUGGGGCCCAAUGGGGCCGGGAAGAGCACCACAUUCAAGAUGCUGAAUGGGGACGCCCCUCCGACCUCAGGACAUGCUGUCGCCAGGACUGCCACAGGAGAGGUCGUGGAUCUGGCUUCAGCGGGUGCUGCUGGUGUUCGCAUUGGCUACUGUCCGCAGCAGGACGCCCUGGACGAGCUCCUCACCGGCUGGGAACACCUUCAGUAUUACUGCUGCCUCCGGGGAAUUCCCAAGCCGAGCAUCCCUCAUGUGGCCAGGGACCUUGUGAGGCGUCUACACUUGGAGGCCCACGUGGACAAACUGGUGGCCACCUACAGUGGGGGAACCAAGCGGAAGCUCUCUACAGCCUUGGCCUUGCUGGGCAAACCUGACCUGCUGCUGCUGGACGAGCCCAGCUCCGGGAUGGAUCCCUGCUCCAAGCGGCACCUGUGGAGGACGAUACUGCAGGAGGCCCGGGGAGGCUGUGCGGUGGUGCUGACCUCCCACAGCAUGGAGGAAUGUGAGGCUCUUUGCACGAGACUUGCCAUAAUGGUCAAGGGCAGCUUCAGGUGCCUCGGCUCCCCCCAGCACAUUAAGGACAGGUUUGGUGAUGGGUAUUCAGUGAAGAUUUGGCUCGGUCAGGAAACAAAUCAGCACAACGUGAUUUCAGACUGCUUGAAGCUCCAUUUUCCAGGGAUCCAGUUUAAGGGGCAGCGCCUGAAUUUGUUGGAAUACCAUGUUCCGAAACAGUGGGAAUGCUUAGCAGACCUGUUCCGCGUUCUAGAGAACAACAAGACCUUGCUGCAUAUCAAACACUACUCCAUCAACCCGACCACUUUGGAACAGGUAUUUAUUAAUUUUGCUACUGAGCUACCGAAAUCUUCACCAUCUAGCGCGGCUGCCCCCACUGGCUCUUACCAGCCCCCUCACCUGCCUGUCUAA